AUGACAGAACAACAUAUCAAUGUUCAAGAAUUUAAUUUGCUGCCUGCUGCUAUUUCAUCUGUUGAUGAGGCGCGUGACACUUUCAUGCAACUAGUGGCAUUGUGCAAAGAAUCUCUCAGAAAACUUCUUCUGAGAGGAGAAUUUGUUGAGUAUCCAGAUGACAGGAGUAUGCACGGCACUGUAAACCUUGCUAUGGAGCUUUAUCACUUCAAGGAUGCACUUGGCUGCUUCCAUCACAUCUUUUCCAGGCGUGACAUCGAAACUAACUUCCUACAGUCGGUGAUCAAGUACUGUACAGGAAAAGCCGGUGAUCAUGCAGCAGAACUUACAGCGGAUCUUACAUCAAGUCUAGCUGAGUGGGAACAUCGCCUUCAUGCUCGGUUUCUGAAAUCGUUCUGGUGGCAUGUGAUCAUGGAAGUUACUCAGGUCGUUCAGUGGAUACAGGAGAAUCAUGGUGCAGUGAAUGUGAAUGAGGAGAAACAGCAAGAGAACUUUUCUUCCGAGUAUACCAGACUAAUGUCCAAAUGCAAUGAUUUCAUUUACGGAGUAUUUGAUGAUCCGCACAAGCCUGCUACAAUUAAUGUGGACGGCAUUGGGGAGAUUGUGGUUGGAAAUCUGAGGAGUUACUCUCGUGAUCUACUAUCUGAAGCCUUUAGCACCUACUGGCCGGAGACAUACAUAGAUGUGGAGAUUAUGCAGAUCCUGAAGAUGCCAGUUUUUGCUCAUUUGUUUGAGGAUAUGCUUGAGAAAUAUCCUUUGGCACGCAAGAGUCUUGAAAAGAGAAUCAACAUUCUCAUGAAAGCUAAGGAGAUCUGUGAGGGGACCAUGGAUGAUGAGUGA